AGCGCUGACCGGUGUUCUGAUAACGUCAUUCCAGUCUCGUUCUCGCAGCAGCUACGCGACGAUGUAUUUCAUAGCGCUGCUCGUUUUGGUUGUUCAACUGGGGGCGUCCACAACGUUCGCCCGUCCCGGUCAACCUCCCAUCGUGCACACCGGACUCGGCAGCAUCCGGGGUACGAUUUUGGAGUCCCGCCUGGGACGAAAAUUCUACGCUUUUCGCGGUAUUCGGUAUGCUAACGCACCGGUGGGACAGCUUCGGUUCCAACCACCUCAGCCUGUGGACGCCUGGAACGGAACGCUAGAUGCCACGGAAGAUGGGCCGAUGUGUCCACAGCCGGCACUGGACCAGAGUGAUGUGUCGGAGGAUUGCUUGAGGCUGAACGUGUAUUCCAGUGUUAUACCGGGUGAGAAUGUGAGAAUUGCGCCGAGGGACGUACUGGUUUACCUUCAUCCGGGAGGAUUCUACGUAUUCUCCGGACAGAGCAAGAACAAUGCCGGGCCGCAGAACUUGAUGGACCAGGACGUGGUCCUGGUGACGAUCAACUAUCGUUUGGGAUCGCUGGGAUUCAUGAGCACCGGAACGAAGGACUGCCCAGGGAAUGCCGGAUUCAAGGAUCAAGUGAUGGCUUUGAAGUGGGUUCGGGAUCACAUUUCGGCUUUUGGAGGACGCUCGGAUUCGGUUACUCUGAUGGGAUACAGUGCCGGAGCUUUGAGCAAUACUUUACACAUGGUAUCACCGAUGUCAAAGGGUUUGUUCCAUCGAGUGAUUGUGAUGAGUGCUUCCGGAGUGAGUCAGGUACAAAUACCAACGGAUCAGAUCCAUCUGGCUCAGAAGCAAGCUACACUAUUGAACUGUACUACAGCAGAUAUUGCGGAAAUGGUUGACUGUUUGAGAGAAAAACCAGCGUCAGAUUAUGCGGAUACUUUGGCUGACAUGUUUGUCCUGUCCUGGAACCCGGUUCUGCUCUGGACGGCGGUGGUAGAACCGGAUUUUGGACAAGAGCGAUUUCUGACAGAAGAUCCUACGCAGUCCUUCUUGAAAGGUGACUUCGUGAAGGUUCCAGUAAUUGCUGGAAUAACUCAGGACGAGUUUGCGGGACCAGCUGUAUCAUUUUUGCGAAACGAUACAUUGAGAAAUGAGCUGGAUACGAAUUUUGACACACUUGCACCAGUUCUUUUCUUAUACGACGAUUAUCCUACUAAUCGAUUAAACAUCACGAGACAACUACGAGAGAAAUUUCUAGGUGAUGAACCGCUUAGUCUGAACCGAUCAAUACAAGGGUUGAAUUAUCUAUUUGCCGACAGCCUGAUUGGGUUUGCAGUUCAUCGUUUUGUUCAACUAGUUUCGCCACAUACCCCUGUCUAUCAGUACAAAUUCUCCUACGUCGGACGGUACAGUUUCUUCUAUUAUCCUGACGAUCAAACUCCAUACGGAGCCGUCCACCAUGAUGAUCUGCUGUAUUUACUAUCGAUCCCAUCGGUGGCACCCAUUUUCAACGUAACCGAUCCGGAAAGCAAAACUGUAGAACGUCUCACUGGAAUGUGGACAGCGUUCGCUAAAUCUGGAGAUCCUAACACCGUUCAAGGAAUCGACAAACCCAACUGGACUCCCGUUACGGAACGAGUAGACAACUAUCUCAACAUUGGAGAAGAUCUGAAGAUGGAAACAGGACUCUUUACCGAAAGAUUUUCUUUCUGGGAUCAACUGUUCCCGCUGCCGGAGGUUCAGUAAUAAUCGAUUAUGUAGUAAAUCAAACAAAACACCAUUGCAAAUACAUAUCCUUAUGACUAACAUAGUUGACAAAUAUAUAUCGCGGUUCGCACUGGGUCACCAAAGAGUGCAGCGAGCUCAGGUUUCAGUACUAGCAA